UCAGGUCUCUGGAUGGCAGACUCUGAAAAGAAAUGCUGUUUUAAGAGACACCAAAGAUGCUAACAAGAAAGAUUAAGCUUUGGGACAUUAAUGCCCAUAUAACCUGUCGUCUGUGCAAUGGAUACCUGAUUGAUGCUACUACUGUAACAGAAUGCUUACAUACUUUCUGUAGAAGCUGCCUAGUGAAAUAUUUGGAGGAAAACAACACCUGUCCGACCUGUAGAAUUGUUAUACAUCAGAGCCACCCGUUACAGUAUAUUGGUCAUGACAGAACAAUGCAAGAUAUCGUUUACAAACUUGUGCCAGGCCUCCAAGAAGCGGAAAUGAAAAAGCAAAGGGAGUUUUAUCACAAACUGGGCAUGGAAGUUCCAGGGGACAUCAAAGGGGAGACAUGUUCUACAAAACAGCACCUAGAUUCCCAUCGAAAUGGUGAAACUAAAACAGAUGAAAAUUCAAACAAAGAAACUUCAGAGGAAAAACAGGAAGAAGAUAAUGACUACCACCGAAGUGAUGAACAGGUAAGCAUCUGCUUGGAAUGCAAUAGCAGCAAAUUGCGUGGAUUGAAACGAAAAUGGAUUCGUUGCUCAGCACAAGCAACAGUCUUGCAUCUAAAGAAGUUCAUUGCCAAAAAACUUAACCUUUCUUCUUUUAAUGAGCUGGACAUAUUAUGCAAUGAAGAGAUUCUUGGCAAGGACCACACGCUCAAGUUUGUAGUUGUUACUAGAUGGAGAUUUAAGAAAGCACCUCUACUGCUACAUUACAGACCCAAAAUGGACUUGCUGUAAGAGAACUUUAUUGUCCUUCUGGACAGAGGUUUUUGCAGAGACUAUCAUCUGGCACCUUCUUAGUGCAUCACUAAUCACAUGACACAAACCAGCCGAAUAAUUUUGGAAGACUGUAGGGCUUUCAUAGCGGACUGUGCUUCUGAAUAUUUCUUCUAGGGAUGUGUUACCUAGAUUUCUGGACAGAAAAUAUUUAUACCUUUUUUGUACGGAAGAAAGAAGUCGCAACUCAACAAGACACUACCAGCACUAAGUUUACAGAUACUGAAAACACUUCACAGUUCCAUGUAGCUCAGCCUGAUUUUCUCUUACAGUUACACAGAAAUAAGUUAGAAUGUUGUGGGGUGAUUUAAAAAUGUUGCUUUUGACACCAAGUUGCAUUUAGUUACUUUUCACAUUCUGAAUCUUUAAAAACUAUAUUUUUGCAAAGUGUUAUUGUCUUAUAUAGUAUGCCUGAUUGCAUUGGCUUUAUUCAAGUUAUUCCGUAGAGCAUUGAACAUACCUAAUGAUAUAGUGACUGGUGAUAAUUUAUUAUGCUGCAUUGAAAACUUCUGAAAAUCUGGGAAACCAAUAAGUUUGUCAUUUUUGCCCAGUUAUUGCUCUCCCUCACUUGUGUUUUAGUAAAGUUUUGAUACUCCCUUAUGCAUGUUGAUUUGGUAAGAUUAAUAGAAAUAAUUUCAGUUGAUUUUAAUGUGCCCUGAUAUUUGCUGUGGCAUAAAUUGCACCACAUAAUGACAAAUACUCAAAAGUGCUAGAUUUGUGAACUUUUAAAAAAAUAAACAUUUCUUAUGUAGUUGUGGCUUGCAGAAAUCAGUUUUUAAUUUAGAGAGAAUUUGCUCUCACUAGCUGUUGAAACACUGACUCUUGGGCAACUUUGGGUGAUAUUGCACAGUUUCCAUUUCACUGAUUAAAAAUUCGUCAGAUCAGUAUCAGCAGCUGUAUAUUUCCUUUACCUGUUUUCUUAUGAAACCAUAGCAUUUUCUUUACCGCAAUUCCUAGCUGUCUUAGGGGGGGAGGGCAGACAAGAUUAUUUUAGCACCUUCUGGCCUUAACUGAUAAUUUUGCUUGCAUCAGCCAUAAUGGAUGCAAGGUAAUACACAUGCAUGUAUGUAUGUGUGCAUACAUCUAUACACACAUAUAACUAUAUAAGUUAUAGAAUACACCCUCAAUAGCACUUAGCAGGGUUCACUGCACUUUUUGUAAGGCUUUUUGAAAUAGUUGGCUUUUUAAAAACAGUAGUUGAAAGUGAUUUCUGCAAGCUGUAUACAGUAUAGCUUAUAGUAUGAUUGUGAGAGUAUUUGUCUGGCACAGGUGUCAAGUCACUGAAAACAGGCUAUGCCAUAUUAUUGGCAGCUGGAAAUAGUUA